AUGGUUUCGAACAAGAUGGAUAACGUGACAUCAGGCAACCCAUUUAGGGCUCAUUUAGAAUCUUUAGAACAAGCAGGAAGGCUUGUUGAAAAGCAUAUAAUAAAUGAUUCUGCAUUUCCAAGAUUAUCACAACUAAUGCAAAUCAGCCCUAAAUGCUCGAAAACAUGCAGUGGUUUAAAUGAUUAUCAUUAUCCUAGCAUGGAUGUUCUCGCUCCUGGUAUAUCAAAUUUAAAACAAGUAACUACUGUCAGCAAAGUACCACUUCCCCCUGAAGUAAUGGAACACUUUGGUCAUAUGCAAUGUCACUGUAUGAUGGGAUUAUUUCCAGAAAUUCAUAGAGCUUGGCUCACAGUCGAUAGUGAUAUUUAUAUUUGGUCCUACGAACAUGGGACUGAUUUAGCUUAUUUUGAUGGUUUAAGUGAAGUUAUUGUUAGUGUUGGCAUUGUUAAACCGAAACCUGACGUAUUUUAUCAGUAUAUUAAGCACUUAUUAAUAUUAACAACAACUGUGGAAAUAGUUGUCUUGGGAGUUAAAUUUAGUUCAACUAAACCAGAUGGACCUCUUGGAGCUUAUGAGGAAAUGUAUCUUCUUCCUGAACCUAUUUUUGUAGUUCCAACAGAUGGAGUGAGUAUCAUAACCAUUAACAGUUCGAAUAAUGGUAGGUUGUUUUUGGGAGGAAGAGAUGGAUCGUUAUUUGAAAUAGAAUAUAAGGCUGAAAGAAACUGGUUCGGAAAAAGAUUUUCAAAAAAAAAUCAUUCAAGUCGAUAUUUAUCUUAUUUAGUUCCAUCAUUUAUCAGUUCAAUAGCUUAUGGUGAAGAUAAUCCAAUCAUACAAAUUUCAAUUGAUAACACUAGAAAUAUUUUAUAUACAUUAUCUGAAAAAGGUUCCAUUGAAGUUUGGGAUUUAGGUGAAUCUGGUUUGGAAAUGUCUAUGGUUACAAGCAUUUCUCAAGCUCACAUUGUUCAGGCAGCAGUUCUUAUUGUAAAAACUCUGGAUGCAAAAUGCUUUCGACCAGUUAUACAUAUUUCUGCCUUGGAAAUUUAUGAUUCGAAGCAAUUAAAUUUAGUGGCGGUUACAAAAACUGGAGUUCGUUUUUACUUUGCUACAAACACGAUAACUCAGCCGGAAGCUCGUCCAAAUAGAUUAGUUCUUCGUCAUGUUAGAAUGCCUCCUGGAUUUUCAGCAAAUCCCUCAUCUUACAAGCCUACAAAUGCCACCAAAGCCUUAUACAGCAGGGGCAGUUUAGUUUUAAUUACGUCGCCAGGUGGAGAACAAGACACUUUGUGGUGCCUUAGUAGCGAUCCUUAUCCUUAUCAAUCACAUUUAAUAGAAGUUCAAACAAUAUUACCAUUAGAUGGAAAAGUUUGGUCUGUGGCAGAGGUUAAAAAUAACACUCCCUUUUUAGCGCAAAAACCAUGUGAAAACUUACUUAAUAUUGAUGAAGAUCCUCCGUUAGUCGUUCGACAGCAUAUGGAACCCCCCAAAAAAUUUGUUUUGUUAACUGCCCAGGGAGCACAAGUUAUCACGAAACUUCGUCCAGUAGAUUUACUUCGUCAAAUUCUAAUUGAAAGUAAAGGACCCGAUUCAGAGGCUGUUCAAUCAUAUUUUCAAGUUCAAAAGGAGGAACAAGCCUGUGCAACAUGUCUUAUUCUAGCAUGUUUAGAAAGUCAGCAAAACAUUCAAAUUUCCGAAUGGGCAACGAGAGCUUUUUUCCUGUACGGCAGUGAGCCUCAAGUUAGUCGGCCGAUACCUAAAACUUCAAGUUCGCCAGUUUCUCCCGGAGUUCUUUAUCAAUAUGGAUUUAAUCCAGGAUUGGCAUCGACUCCUCGAACUCUUUCUCCCGGAAGUCCCGUUCAAGAAUCAACAUCCGUAUUAUUUUCAGCCAAGCAUAAUGGGCUUUAUCUGUACGUGAGCAGGAUACUGAGACCCUUGUGGUCCGAAAGCAUUGUUGCUAAAGUCGUGACUCCAACCAAACAACAAUUUUUAUGUAGCAAGGUUACAAGCGAAGAAUGUGUUUGGGUUUUGGGUUAUCUCCAUUCGGUGAAAUCAUUUCUUGAAAAGAAUUCACAAUUCACCACGCAUACUAGCGCCGGAUUAUUGUCAAACGUCAUGAAAAAAAAUCCUUUGACUCCUCUUCAUCCGGGAUCACAAAAAAACAUUCAGUUGGAAGCACAACUAGAAGAGAAAACUUCUCUUCUAGCAUUAAAAUCUUUCGUUUCACACUCUUGUGAAGUUUUAGGUUUGUGGAAAAUCCUUUGCGAACAUCAGUUUCACGUUAUUGCGGACAUGUUAGACGAGGAAUUACAAAAUCACCUACCGGAAGUUACGUUCAGAGAACUUUUCCUAUCCGGAUAUCAACUGUGUUCAUUAUUCAUAAGUAGUCUCAUAAAUAGUUAUCUCGGAGAUAAUGCAUCCGUGGAUUCGAUAAGUUCAAAACUUCGAGAAGUUUGUCCGAAUUUGUACAAAAACGAAGAUGCCGCGUGUUCAAAAGCCAACGAAAUGCUUUUGGCGGCCAAAAAAAGCGUACACGUGGAUGAAAAGGAAGCCAAAUUAAAAGCUGCUCUCGAUCUUUGUAAAGAAAUAGUACCGCACAUCGACUUGUCGCAAAUAUGUCAACAAUUUGCAUCGAAUCAAUUUUACGUCGGAAUAUUGCAAAUAUGUUUAGUAUGUGCGAAAAAACAAGAUCCGAAAAAUGCGGCUUUGCACUGGUACAGGAAUAACGAGCCCCCCGAAGAUUUGGAGGGAUUCGAUGCUUACGUCACAAGGAUGAACACUUACAAACAUUUAACAAUUGUACUCGAUCAAUUACAUAAUUCAAGUAUGACGUCGACAACAACAACAAAUUUAACAUUUAAUCCGAAUAAUUCUUCAUUUUGUCAAAACGAAUCAUUACCGUUUAAAUAUUCGGGAGCCAUAGCGGAAGCGCAAAGUCUCAUUCAACUAGUUUUAGAAUCGGACGACGAAUUGCUUCACAUCGCCGUCUACGAAUGGAUGAUAAGCAAAGAAUUGUACGGAGAACUCAUAUCGAUAACGAAUUCAAGUUUAGAAAGUUAUUUGACGAGAACGAUCGAAAGGAAUCCAAAUCAAAUACACAUAUCCGAUUUGUUGUGGAAAUAUUACGAGAAAAAUUUAAAUCAUGCGGCCGCGGCUAAAAUAUUACACAAAUUGGCCGUUGGAAAAGGGCAAGGUUUAAGUUUAUCCCAAAGGAUCGGUUAUCUUGCGAGAGCCGUCAUGUGCAUGAGAAGCGAUAAAGUCGGGAGUGCUCCUCAUCUCGGAGUUUUCUUGCAAGAGCUCGAAGACAAACGCGAAGUUGCUUUCAUUCAGCAAAUGGUUUACGAUGCCAUAUCCGACCUUCAAACGGCAAGUCCAGAAAUAAUAGAAGAAGCUAAAAAUCGUCUCAAUAACGAAUUGUUCACUUGCACGGAAUUGUACGAAGAUUUUGCCGAACCUUUCAAAUUGUGGGAAUGCAAUCUCGCUCUCGUACAUUCCACGAGUCACAACGAUCCACAUUUGAUCGAAGACAUAUGGAAGAACAUUAUAGAAUCCGAGUUGUGUAAAUACGGUGGAGAAAGCAUGGAUCAAAAAUUUUCGGCUCUUUUAAUCAAAAUCAAAAGUUUAACGGAACAAUACAUUCAAAGUCCGAGAUGUUUUCCAUUGCAAUUCAUCGUGAGAACAUUGGAAGUCAUACGUUGCAAACAUUCUCCAUACGAUAAUCAAAUAUAUCCAGUUUUAAUAUCCGCCGGAGUUUCCUAUUCGAAAUUAUUACAAGUUUAUCUCAUGAUAAACAACACGAGUGAUAGAACUUGGUCUUUGGAAGGAAACGAAUUUCACAUAACGAGAACGAUUGCGGAAUUGUGUUCUUAUUUUGCUGACACGCCAUAUAUUGUACUCCCAGUCGAAAGGAGAGCUGCCGUAACAAAAUCGAGAGACGUUAUAUCAAAUUGUCUUUUGUCACUCUAUGCAAAAUCUCAAACUCAAGAAUUAAUAGAUAUUUUAAAAGGAGUCGAAUCAAAGCUCAAAAGAAUGGAAGGGCUGUCUUUAUAA